UCCGUCGCAAACCAGGCGACGCCCAAACCAAAUUCCGAAGCAUCCAGAGCGACUCAGAAGCUCGUCAAACGGACGAAUCGACCAUAAUGGUGACGGGAGAGGAGCUGUACGAGUCCGACGUGCUGUGGCCGGAGGCGCCCCACGGCGACGACUCGCCGGCGAGCGCGCCGGGCUGCAGCUCGUCGUCCGUGGCGGUGACGCCGCCCAGGACGACGCCGGCUCGGCGAGUAGUCCCCGAGAAGCCGCGGUACCCGGGCUCGAGGCCGGUGGACAUCCCCAAGCCGGCCGCGCGCUCCUCCCGCCGGAGCGACGACGACGACGACGGUGGGCGCUGCGGCACGAUGGUGCCGCCGCACGUGCUGGUGUCGCGGAGGCGGUCGGAGAGGGCGGCCGCCGCGUUCGCGCUGCGGUCGGGGCCCGGCCGCGCGCGCGAGCUCAGCCACCUGCGCAACUCCGUGCUGCGCAUGACCGGCUUCAUCGAAGGAUGACAAGUCUGACCGGUCCUUUGUUUUGUGUGCAGAUGCGAGACUAGUCAUCACCAUUCGCCAAUUGCCUUUGUAAUUGGGCGGCCUUUUUUUUAUUUUUUAAUAGUGAAAUUUAUUUCCACAGCUUUUUAGAGAUGGAGUCGAACGAGACCGCUUCGUACAUGUCUAUGCGAGCGCUCGGACUAGAACACAAACUGACUGCAUUGGCUAUUUUGUUCGUUCGUCUUCCUGUGGUCCGUAGUCACAUUGCAUCUCGUUUUGUUACAAGAGAACUCUCGGUUUGCACAUCUGGUGGAAAUGUAUCGUGUCUUCCUUUUCCCUCCAAUCAAGGCAUGGAGAAGUUUCCAUUGC